AUGGCAGUGGAAAAAUCAACAGUGAAAAACAAAAUUACUGGUGUGACUGUCGAGAAAACCUCGGCUCAAGACCAGCAGCCGCCUUCCACACGUGCCCUCAGGUUACCUUGCAUAUUCUUAACCGGCAAUCCAUCACCGCCUAAGUGUCGAAGGGAUGAGCUGAGGAUACCGCGGAAUGUGUGGCGACGCUGUGCACAGACGGCAAAACAUUCUCUCCAAACUCGACCGGCUGUCCAUCCUCCGCCUCUCCGUGUCUUACCUGCGGACCAAGAGCUACUUCCAGGUUAUGAUGCACGGAGGAGGGGAGAGAAAACAGAGGGGGAGCCGCAACACCUGCACCCAGCGAGGCACAGGGACCUGAUUACCUACGACCACCAGGUGCUUGAUGGGGAGAUGUUCCUACAGGCUCUGAACGGCUUCUUGGUGAUCCUGGCGUGCGAAGGCGAGGUCUUCUUCGCGACACACAACAUCGAGUCCUAUCUUGGCUUUCACCAGAGCGACAUCGUGCACCAGAGUGUGUAUGAGCUGGUGCACUCGGAGGACCGGGAGGAACUGCAGCGUCAACUCAUGUGGAACUCUCACCUGCCGCCGGACCAGUCGCAGCUUACCCUACAGGAGGCGCUGCACGGGGACCAGGUGGCGCUCGAGAGGAACUUCACCGUACGCUUCAGGUGUCUGCUGGACAACACCUCUGGCUUCCUGCGGCUGGACGUGCGGGGGAAGAUCAAGAUCCUCCACGGACAGAACCGCAAGACAGAGGAUGCGCCCCUGGCCCUCUUCGCAGUGUGCACGCCCUUCGGCCCUCCCUCACUGCUGGAGUUGCCGCAGAAGGAAAUUAUGUACAAGUCUAAACACAAACUCGACCUGUCUCUAGUGUCGAUGGACCAAAAAGGCAAGAUGCUGCUGGGCUACAGUGACCUCGAGCUGGUCAACAAGGGCGGCUAUGACCUCGUCCACUAUGAUGACCUCGCCUACGUUGCCUCAGCUCACCAAGAACUCCUCAAGACGGGAGCGUCGGGAAUGAUCGCUUACCGCCUGCAGACGAGGGACGGCAGCUGGCAGUGGCUCCAAACCUCCUCGCGUCUCGUCUACAAAAACUCCAAGCCGGACUUCAUCAUUUGUACACACAGGCCGCUCAUGGAGGAGGAGGGGCGCGACCUGCUAGGGAAGCGGACGAUGGACUUCAAGGUGUCAUACCUGGACCCCGGCCUGACGCAGUCCUACCUGUGUGACUCGGAGCUGCCGCAGCUAUACGCCUCCCGCAUGAGCCGCAAGUACAAGACGCAGCUGCGGGAUUUCCUCACCACGUGUAAAAGCAGGCGAAGCUACACCAACCUGUCCGACACGGCCUACAACAACUACAACAACGUGUACAGCGCCUCGCCCUAUGCUACGGACAACGGCCUGUACAUGCAGCAGAACCUGGGCAACCUGCAGUCCCUGUACCCCACCAGCUACCUGCCUGCCGACAACCUGUUCCACUACCGCCAGCUGGGCUCCUACUACCCAGACUACAUGACGCACGGCUACGUCAGCAACGGCUACGUGGACGCCACCCGCCCCUGCCUCGGCUACGACGUCACCAAGACCGCCGCGGACCAGAAACUGUACUGCGCGACGCAGCUCGACGCCUCCAAGUACCAGUACAAGCCCACAGACGCCUACUCGGCCGUGUACGGCACCAACACUGUGCUGCCAUCGCUGGAUCACAAGUACACGGACCUGCGGACGGCGGAGGUACGGCGGGACGAUCCCUCCGCCCUGGCGUCCCUGGGGGCGCUGGCCGCCACGCCCGGCGCCACGAGCAGCGUGGUGGUCAGCAGCCCCACCAGCCUCAGCCACAAGGAAGAGACCAAAGACAGCGUGGAGCCCUACGCCAACAACACCCGCCAGACGGUGCUCAUGUGGGGCUCCUCCUCCCACGACUACGACCCCAACAAGAAGUACGGCGAGGCGCCCGUGUCAUCCGCACCUUCAUCAUUAGAUCCCACCUUAAGCGGAGUGGCCUGCAAGUGGGGCACCGCCACGCCAGCGUCCACGCCGGGCGCCCGCAGCAGCGCCGGCGGCUCUCCGCACGGGCCGGAGGGCUCUUCCCCGCACGGGGGCCCGCCAUCGGCGCACUCGGCGCAUUCCGCCGCUGUUGCUGCUGCCACCGCCUCCUCAGCCGCCCACGUCGGCGCAGGUACCGUGGCGCCAGCGGGUAAGGCUGCGUACGGCUACAGUGAGGGCGGCGAGGUAUGGCACCACCAGUACUAUCCUUACCACCCGUAUCACACCCCGCAGGAGAAGGAGGAAGUGGCCCUGUGUGGGAGUCCAGACGCGACCUCUGACCCGCCACUCCUCGCCCAGUCGUGAGAGCAGCUGGUGACCCCGCCCACCCAGAGCCCGGUGCUGGGGUCACUGGAGAUCGUGACCCCUUACCUCCUCAUCGCGGACUUGGGGUCACUGCAACCUAUGGUCCCGCAAGCUCAAAGCCCGGCUGUGGGGUCCGCGCAACCCAUGAGUCCCCAGGCCCACAGCCCCGUCAUGGAGGCCCUGCAGCCCAUGGCCCCGCAAGCCCAGUGUGCGGCCAUGGAGACGCUGCAGCCCAUUCAAGCCCACAGCCCGGGAGUGGGGUCGCUCCAGCCGGUGACCUCCCAAACCUACAACCUGGACAUGGGGUCACUGCAGCCUACGUCGUCCCCAGCCCACAGCCCGGUGACCUCUCAAGACCAAAACCUGGACAUGGGGUCACUGCAGCCUGCGACCCAAGCCCAAGCCCACAGCCUGCCCAUGGAGACUCAGCAAGCCUUGACAUCCCAGCCCCAGGAGCUCAGCAAUGAGUCCCAGCAGGCUCUGAGUCCUGCCGGAGGCCCGCAGGAUAUCCCGGAGAAGCUCAGUGAGAGCACGACCUCGCAUUUCCCAGGCCAUGGACACGGCACCGAGUAGCGCCGCCACCGGAGACGUGCUGACUCACGCCCUGCAGCCUCCUGACGCCUGACGCCCGACGCCCUCCGAUCCUUAGCGUCUCCUGGUGCAGCCUGUCCACCUUCGUCCUUCAGGGGGACGCAGAAGGGAAGGUAGGGUCCGUGCGCCCUAGAGAAGUGAAAAGCGAGCAGUACCUCACUAUGUCACAAAGGAAAGGACCGAACAAAUGACAACACAAAGGACAACUUGCUCUGAUGCCUCGUGCGGCGUGACGGGCGUGGCGGGCGUGACACGGAGGAAGGAAGGACCGUGUGGACUUCUUCAGUAGGCGCUUUGAUGCCUCGGGAGUCGGAAAGGGCGCGAGACCUCGACGCUACCACUCUGGAUCAAGGCGAGAGACGCAGGACUACAGGCGAUGCAGGAAAUGGCGCUGCGGUACUCUGUGUGGGCGUUUGGCGAGGCAGGAGGAGCCUCGGACGGUGCAAGAGUAACGCUGCGAGGAGGCUGCGGCGGGGCCAGGCGGGGAACCUUCUCCACCCUUCGUACCUGAGCGAGAGGGCGCCAGGGAGGGUCGCCGGGCUUGUGGCGUGAACUCUCCUGACGGCAUUUUGCAUCAGGCAGCAUUGAAUCGUUAGGUAUUUACAGGGUCAAAGAGAUUUUAAACGAUGCUAAACGUUUUAAGUGUAGGAUUAAUUCCAUAGAACUGCGUUUGAGUGAAGUGACUGGAGGUGUUCUCUGACCUCAUCUUUUAAGAGUAACUUGUUUUUUUUAAUGCAUUAUUUCACAAGUGUGUCUGGCGAACGUGCAUCGUAGCGUGUGGCGUGUGUCCGGCCGCCCAGAGGAAGGAAGGCUCAAGAGAAGAAAACGGAAAGAGAAAACGAGGAGAGAUCAGGUGAGAUGAGACAGACGAGGUGUGAGUUCCCGAGGCCAGCAGUCAGGGAAGCAGUCACUAAUGAAACUCCAGAACGAUGCGCUGGCGACGAGAGCGAGGCAGUGGUGAGGCUGAGGCGACGCAGGAGUUGUGAGGAGCGAGGAGUUAAGAGUGCCCGCUUCUCACGCCGCGCGUCACACCACUGACUAGGUGAAGGACAGAAAGAAGCCGAAUUGUGAAAGAUAUUAUAGUUGUUACCAUAAGGAUGAUAUUGUUAAGCGGUGAUUGGCAAGGACGUUCUCUCUCGGGUGGUGUGUGCGUGUGCGUGUGCGUGUGUUUUCCAUUCUUUUUUUUCUAUUUUACUGUACAUAGAGACAUUCCUUGCAGUGAGUGGACUUGCAAAAAAAAAAAAAAAGCAAAUAACAGAAUCUGGUUUUUAUUGUAAAGUAGAUUUUUUUUGGAGUGCUUUGUCAUGCAGUGUUGCUCUGAGCUUUAAAAACAAAAGAAAACAGUGAACGUUGAACUUUUUUUUUACUGGAACCUGAGGAAUAAAGCUAAAGAGGAACAGACGAUAAUGGAAGCAAAAAUACAACAAAAAGGAAUACAAUUUGUGCUACUAAAAUAUGAGUGAGUGAGUGAGUGAGUGAACUAGUGUGGCGGAAGGAGGAACACACACACACACACACACACACACACACACACACACACACACACACACACACACACACACACACACACACACACACAUACACACAUACACUUACACAUAUUUUGCCUCCUCCGUGUGGUAUCCAGGACUCACAACUGACUACGUAUCACUCUAGUCAUUGCUAAGUUAAGGAUCGCUGGCUGAAGCUCCCCGACGCCCAGCGAAAGAUGAAACAAAGAUAAAAAGUAGAAAAAAAGAGGAAGAAAUAAGAACACACUGGAAAAAAAAAGAACGAAAAAUAAUGAAAGAGAAUAAAAGUGGCUGAAAAGAGAGACAUGAAAGAAAAGAACAAGAAAGUGAUUGAUAGAGAAAUGAGAGAAUAAAAAGUAUGAAAAGAAAUUGCAGGAAAACUGAGAAAAAACAUGAGGAAAACACGCGGAACUAAACUCAAACACACACACACACACACACACACACACACACACACACACACACACACACACACACACACACACACACACACACACACA